CUUGGUCAACGACUCCAGCAUAGAUACAAACUCGGACGUGCCAGGGCACCGACAGGACGCAUCUUCAAGCGGGGUGUACAGACUGCGGUGUGACACGGCCACCUUCGCUCGCGGGGCCACUGCCCACCGCACCUUCCAGCUGAAAGUGCUUUAACGGAUCGACAUGAAUGCGCUACAGACCCACUUUUGGGCAGUCAGAGACUACCUCAGCCCAGUGCUGCGCGAGAGCAAGUUCAAAGAGCAUGGUCGAAUCACUCCUGAGGAAUUCGUCGCGGCUGGUGACUUUUUGACAUACAAAUUUCCAACAUGGUCGUGGGCUGUCGGCGACAACUCCAAGCUGCGCGACUUUCUGCCUUCCGAUAAGCAGUAUCUCAUCUCCCGUGGCGUUCCUUGUCUGCGGCGCGUCAGUCAAAUGGAGAGCGCAGCGGUUGGAAAGAAAUCCAAAGCCAAUCAAUGCACCUCAAGCGAGGCAAGAGGUGCUGCAGGCGAAGAGGACGAAGAGUACUUCAUGGAGAGCGGCGAGCUUGGCGGCAAGGACGACGAGUGGCUUGGGACCCGUGUUGACGGCGAUGGAGGUCGCUCCGGAUCUGGGCUCCAAGAUAUCGUGGAUAUCCCCGAUGACGAUACCAGCGCUCCUGCCACUGCACUGACUGCAGGGGAAGAGGAUGAUUUGGCUAACCGGAUAAGCGGCAUCACGGUCAACCAUGCGGACGGAGAGCCGGGACUGGCAGGCGAAGACGAAAUUGUAGGGGAUAUUCUGGACAUUCCCGAUGAGGAUGACGAAGAUCUCGGGGGUAUGGGAGCAGGCGUGGAAGAGGCUGACGACCCAGCAGCUGCAUCUGCUUCAAGAGAAACAGUUAUUCCACCCACUUCUGGCUCCAAACCACUUCCCGCUGUGCCUGGAAGGGACAACGGAGGGGCAGGCUUGGCGAAUCUACUGAGUGUUCGUACCUACGACUGUCUCAUCACUUACGACAAGUACUACCAGACACCGCGCAUGUGGCUCGUCGGGUACGACGAGCACGGGCGCCCGCUCAAGCCGGCACAGAUCUUCGAGGACGUAUCAUCGGACUAUGCGCAAAAGACGGUGACUAUCGAGCCGUUCCCACAUAGCGCGACGAUGAGCACGGCAAGCAUUCACCCGUGCAAGCAUGCGAACGUUAUGAAGAAAGUCAUCGAGCGCAUGAAUGUGAGCAUCGUCGAGGUGCAGCGGAAAGCGAAGAAGGACAAGAAAAAGGGUUGGGGCCUCGGUGGCGCUGUACGAAAAGUCACUGGUAGCAAAGCCGGUGAAAUUGCAGGCAAGGAUAAGGAUAGUGGCGGCAGCGCUGGCGAUGGUGCAUCGACACCAGUCGCAGUCGAGGGCGAAGGUGACGAUGGAGAAGUCGAAGGACUAAGAGUCGAUCAAUAUCUCAUCAUCUUCCUCAAGUUUAUGGCGAGCAUCGUACCCGCGAUAGAAAUUGACGCGACACAGGCCAUGUAAAUCUAUCUGCACUACUCAUCCUUAACCUUUGCAUUACACUACAUGUGUUAUACAAAG